AUGCGUGUGGAAGCUCAAGGUUUUGCUGCGGGUAUAUGGAUUUUUUGGAGAACUGAUGAAGUUGAUGUGGUUAUAUACGAGAGUCAUAAUCAGCAUCUGACAGUUGAAAUUAGAAAACUUGGUGAGGAUCCUUGGUUGUUUUCUGCCGUGUAUGCCAGCCCGCAGAGUGCUCUUAAACAUCAACUUUGGGAUGCGCUUGAAAACAUCAAACAUAAUUACUCAAGACUGUGGUUGAUAGCUGGAGACUUCAAUGAUACAAAGAGCUUGAGUGAGAGAAAUGGAGCUAUUCUGAGAUGGAGCGUCGUUGUCCACUACGGGUUUUUCUCCAACUCCGGCCUCGUUGAAGCCGUUCUGGUUUCAAGCGGCUUGGUGAGCCAUGAGAAAUUUGAUGCCCUUGUUCGAUCAAAGUGGGAUAAAACUGCUCCAAUUAUUCCCUUCCUUAGCAAAUUUGCGGAUAUUUUGAACACUUGGAACAGAGACACCUUGCACAACAUUUUUCGAAAAAAAUCGGAGCUUUGGGCGAGAUUGGAAGGAAUCCAAAAGCGUCUUUCGACUGGGAAUGAUAGAUAUCUUUUGAAAUUAGAGGCUACACUUUGUAGAGAGAUGGAUGAUGUGCUUAAUCAAGAGGAGAUUUUGUGGUUUCAAAAAUCACGCAUUGAUUCUAUUAGAGAUGGGGAUCAAAAUACCAAAUAUUUUCAUCUUUCCACCCUCAUUCGAAGGCGGCGCAAAAGAAUUGAAACUCUUCAAAAUUCGCAAGGUGUUUGGCUAACUUAUCCAGAACAGGUUAAGAGUUUAGUUCUUGAUUAUCGGCGCAACUUAUUCCAGGAAGAAGCGAAGCCUUUUACAGGGGAACGUUUACUGACUGAUCAAUUUCCAUUCAUUGAGAAAAGGACUGGGACAUGGUGA